AUGUCUGCCAGUACCCGUUCGUUGAAAAUAUUCGUAGGCAACAUCGCCUGGACCGUGGGGCACCGGGAGUUGCGUAAUUAUUUUAGCCAAUUUGGAAAGGUUUCCUGGGCACAGGUGGUGUUCGAUCGGAAGACGGGAGUUUCGAAAGGCUACGGCUUCGUGACGUUCCAAAAGAAAUCGUCGCUGGACAACCUGGACCGCAACCAGAAGCACAUGCUCGACCACACACCCAUCUUCUUCCAGCAAACGGAUUAGCUGCGAUUGGACGGUAGGGCGGACUGGACUUCCGAAUUGGUGUGGCCAGCGUGAACGGUAAUCAGCCCGUUCUUCGAGCUGCACAGUGCUUAGGAAAUGUAUCAUUUCUAACCAGUGGCUGAUGGAGAACAUCCGGCUUGUUAUGGCAAGGCAUACAUACUGUCUCAUGUAGGAAAAUAUCGAAACCUAGU